AUGAAGACCUCCACAGCUGCCCUUGCUGUACUUUUUGUGGCUGUCCUCUGCUACCAGGUCUCCUCUUCUCCAAAUUCUGUCAACUUUUCUGGUCCCUGCUGCUUCCAAUACAUCACCAGAGCAUUUCCCUCAAGCCUCAUCAAGAGUUAUGAGUACACGGGCAGCCACUGCUUCAAGCCAGCUGUGAUAUUUAUCACAGUCAGAGGCAAGCUGAUCUGUGCCAAACCUGAUGAUAAAUGGGUCCAGGCUAUCAUGAAUCACCUAAAGAACAAUGCAGGCAGUGGAUGA